AUCGCUGAGCGAAUUCGAUGUGGUUGUUGCUGCAAGAGCGAAGUUGUGGCGAAAAAUAAUAAAUAAAUAGUGCUAAAUAAUAAUAAAUCGUGAAAAACGAAAAAAAUAAAAGCGGCAACACAAUAACACUUGUGUACACAGCCCCGUAUUCGUGUCCCGUUCAGGCUACCAGAAGCCCCCCGACACGCUCUUAAUGUGCGAGCGAAAUAGCAACAAACAAGUUACAAGUGCCGGUUCCACAAUUUCUUCAAAAUUGAACCCAAAACUGGAGCUAGACUCCAGCCAAACUGACGACACUUCCAUCGCUGCUGCCACCAGCACCGCCGUCACCAUUCACUCCUCAAACUUGAAUAAAAAACUGGUCAAAAUUAAAAAGUUCAAGCUGGACGACAUGAAGGAGAUGGUGGGCGGCUGUUGCGUUUGUUCGGACGAGCGGGGGUGGCCGGAGAACCCGCUCGUCUAUUGUGACGGCCAGAACUGUACUGUCGCAGUGCAUCAGGCAUGUUAUGGCAUCGUAACGGUACCCACCGGACCCUGGUAUUGUCGAAAAUGUGAAUCCCAAGAGCGCACAUCACGCGUUCGUUGCGAGUUGUGCCCAUCGCGAGAUGGUGCCCUAAAAAAGACUGAUAACAGUGGAUGGGCACACGUAGUUUGUGCCCUAUAUAUACCAGAAGUUCGAUUCGGUAAUGUUACCACAAUGGAGCCCAUUAUUCUGACGCUAAUACCGCAGGAACGGUAUUCAAAAACAUGCUACAUCUGUUUGGAGAUUGGAAAACCUAAUCGUGCCAAUGUCGGAGCCUGCAUGCAGUGCAAUAAAUCCAAUUGUAAGCAACAAUUCCAUGUAACCUGCGCCCAAAGUUUGGGCCUGCUGUGCGAGGAGGCUGGCAAUUAUCUGGAUAAUGUUAAAUAUUGUGGCUAUUGUCAACAUCACUAUAGUAAAUUGAAAAAGGGUGGAAACGUUAAAACUAUUCCACCAUAUAAACCUAUACAACAUGACACCUCAUCCGAUUCAUGCUCGUCGCCGGAAAAAGAAAUUGAUUCGGCAAUAAAUGCAUCGGCAUCGACAUCCGGUACAAGUAUCAAAAUUACAAGUACUACCAAUUUGGGUAUUUCAAGUGUUAAUAGUAGUAUUAAUACAGGAGGGAUCGCUAGUGCGGGAAGUGGAGUAUCUUCAACGAAGCAACGUAAAGGCAAUGCUUCAGGAAAAUCAUCGUCAAGCAGCAGCAGCAGCAGUAGUAGUAGUUCUACGGGCUCAGGUGGCGGUGGAGGUGGUGGUGGUGUCAACUUGAGUGGAACAGAUAGACAAAAUCCGUCUACGUCCUCCACAUCUGGAAGUUCGACAAUAUCAAUGACGAAUACCUCUACUGGAACAACAUCCUUUACCAGUACUAGCAAUAUUAGUAACUUAGCCGGCAAUCUAGCAGCAGGUCCAUCAAAUGUUAGUCCGAGUACUGCAGCAGGAGGCCCUAUUGCAGCAUCUUCCACCACUUUGCCCUCCACUUUGGCAGCCACUUCGUCAUCAGUUUCAUCAGCAAAUGCGGCUACAAAAUUUUCAACCAGUGGAAGUUCUGCUUCCAGUUCUACGUACAAGGAUAAACAUAGUAAAAAUUUAAAUAAAUCCAGCUCAAGCAAAGAUAAGGAAAAGGAGGGUAGUGCCAAUAAUGCUUCCAAUAAUAAUUCAUCAAAUUUGUCGUCAGUAAAUGCAUCACUAUCAGUGUCCGGGUCCAGUUUAAGCUCCGCCUCUACAAAAUCAUCCUCCAAAUCCAACAAAAAUAAAGAUUUGAUGCAAUCCAAUGUCACCACCAGCAUUACUACCCAACCCAGUUCCACAUCAACGAUAGCUUCUAAUACCUCUACUAGUGGAUCGAACAUAAGUUCUUCGGCUGCUGGCAGCACUUCCUUCACCUCAUCUAGCCUAACGUCAUCUUCCAAUGAACAUGCUCAAAAUUUAAGUACAAAUCAACCAAUUGCUGGUGGUGGUAAAAGUUCAGGCUUUGAUUCUGAAUUGAGUCGCUCUGGUCCCAAUCCCAGUUCGAUGAAUGAUUCAAGUACAUCAUCUGCAUAUGCCAUUAAUCUGGAGCCUAGAGAUCAUGGCUUGACUCAAAAAACAGGUACUACCACUACCACUCCGGCUGCCACCAAUUUGAGUACUAGCAAAGGAUUGACAUCAUCUACUACCACAGGAUCGCCAACAACUUCCUUGGCACCUACUUCAACUAGCAAUCCCUCAACCACUAGCAGCAGCUCCUUAAAUUCAACGUCGAAAAAACGAAAAGCAGAUUCAAUCAAAUCAAGCUCAGCCAUUUCCGCCUCCGCCACAUCUGCAGGAUUGGAUGAGAAUAGCUCAUUUCGGGAUAUUAUCAAAGAUGUUCAAGUAACUUUAACGCCCUUAACCGAUUUUGAAAAGGAAAUAGAAAAGACCUCAAAGAGGCAACGCACUGAAUUAAGUCCCCCGACGCAUCAAUCUUCUGCGACGGCCGAAGUGAAUGCCACUUUGGCUCCAGCGACAUGUGCCGCAAUAUCCACAACAAGUGCAACAGGAUCUAGCAGCAGUAGUGGCUCAACGACUACGGCAAACACCUCAAGCAGUAAUAUUGCUAGUGGUAGCACAGCGACCAUCGGUAGUAAUAACAACGCAACAACAGGAUCCGCCGGGUUACCUCCCUCAAAUUUUGCCAAAGCAGACCUAAGCAAAACGAUAGGAAGUGGAACUAAACAUGGAACUAAUGGCGGGAUCAAGGAUACCAGCUCUACUAGUGGCAGUAGCAGUAGCAGCAGCAGCGGUAAUCAGCAACAGGCAACUGGAGCAAAUACAAAUGCACCUAGUUUGUAUGUUUCAGUACCGCUAUCGACGGCAAAUGUACCUGGAAUAAAUCUGCCUAAUGCAUCUGGAAGCGUUACUGGAAAUGGCACGGGCACUUCAAUUGACUCCUCCCAAUCAGCUAUUCGUAGUGGCAGUACGCCAGCACUCUCCAAUCCAUCUCUAUCGAAUCAGCAGAGUCAAUCGUCCUUGGGCACAACAGGAAGUGCUGCAUAUGUCACGCCACAUACAGCGAAUAGUUUAAGUGGCAUCCCCACUACUUCUGCCUCCUCCUCCUCAUCAUCAUUAUCCGCGUUAUCAUCGUCGGUUAUCCAGCAUCAGCAUCCAAGUGGAAAGUCCUCAACCAGUGCCAGUGCCUUAAGCGGAGGCACCAGCGGCGCUCUAGUCAGUGGAAAUUGUGGUGGUAACAUUAUCAGUUCAACCAGCACUAGCACCACCACCCACUCUUCUGGGAAUUUGACCGCGACCACUACGGAAAGUGGCAAUCUAAAAAUAAGCUAUGAGAAGCAAACCAAUCGAGUGCAACAAUUGCAGGAGCAGGAAUCAUCGCCAGGACGUAGAAGCAGAACGCCCGAUCUCAACUCUGGAACGGUGUCAACUUCGGCAAUCAGUGCCGCCAGCGGCAAUUCUAAUCCCAAUUCAUCUAGCUUCGGUGGUCUAAAAUUCACUUACGAGGCGCAAAGUCAAUUAGAUGUAGCCAUGUUGCCAGUAAGUUCCAUUAAGGAUUCCCCACCAAGUUCACCAGGCUCCGAGAUAGGCGUGAAUCCACAUCCGGCCAUUGCUAAUCAGCCACCGGCUGUUAAUACCGCCAGUGCUGCUGUAGGAGGAAACGUUCGCAAGCGUGGGCGCAAGGCCAAAGACUCAACUUUGGCAACCCAAGCGGCAGCGCAAGCGGUAGCUGAUCUCAAGGAUGUGCGUAUUUUGCAAAAUGGAGGCAACAAUUCCAGCACUGCCAGCAACUCUGCUACUACAAUAGGCUCACCAUUGGUGCCAGCUCCGACACCACCGGCAACGCCAUCAAUUUCAGUCAAUGCCAGCUCCUCCUCCGCCUCCUCCUCAACGUCCAUUAUUGCCCAUACGGCAACACACAUGCUUGGCAAUCAUGUGAAUCCCAAUAGUAGCGUGGCCCAAAAGUUAUCUGAACAAUUGCACAUGGAGGUUCAGGAUCAUGCCAUUUAUACACCCGACUCAAUGAAUUCCCAAUUCACCGGAGUACCGUUUCCGGGUAAACAGCGCAAUUCGACAACCUCCUCUAGUAGUGGAAAUAUCGCAAACACCCUCGUUGCCCCGAAUCCCCUUCAGUCCAUGUUUGGGGGCGGUGGUAUUAAUGGAAACAUGCCGAUACCUCAGAGCCUGGAGCAAUUGUUGGAGCGGCAAUGGGAGCAGGGCUCACAGUUUCUUAUGGAACAGGCCCAGCACUUUGACAUUGCUUCUCUCUUAAAUUGCCUACAUCAACUCCAGAGUGAAAAUCUCCGCUUGGAGGAGCAUGUAACCAGCUUGAUAGCUCGCCGCGAUCAUUUAUUGGCGGUUAAUGCACGUUUACAGAUUCCUUUAAGUACCAUUAGCAAUAAUGCUAAAGCCGAGGCCCACGCUUCUGGCGGAAACAACAGCAGCAACAUUAGCAGUGCUCUCAAUGCUGCUACAACUAUUGCAGCGGCUGUUUCACUAGCAACCACAGCCAUCAAUACAUCGACGCCCACAGGCAACAGUCGUGCCACUGUGGCACCAGCCAGUUCAAGUGGAGUAGUACUCGACUAUCGUGGCUCCAGUGGGAACAACAACAACAACAACAGCAACUGCAUUAACUCGGCCAGUGCUAGUGGCAAUACUCCCACGGGUGGGGGGUCAUCCUCAACUCCUUCAUCAGGGUCACAAAGCACAGGCAUGUCAAUUGGCAGUAUGGCUAUGUCGAAUGUAACCAAUUUUGCUUUGAGGCAUCUGGCCUCGACUCAUGCGACAUACAACAAUGCCGGCAGCAACAGCAGCAGUCAAGCUCAGCAACAAAACGCCGUAGCGCCAGCUACUAUUGGACGAGGUGGGUCAGCUGUAACUGCAACAACAGGCACAGCAACAACAACAACAGCCGUAACCACUUUGAUGCCAUUUGGUUCUGUUGUUAUCAAUCACAUUGGUAGUGGUGGUCCUGGGCACAACAAUCUAAACAACAACAACAACAGCAAUCCACAGCACCAACACCACCAUAAUCGCGUUAAUCUAGAUGAUUUAAAUAGCACCACCUCUAGCUCCUCCUCUACCUCCUAUGGCACGCAUCAUGCGUCGCUCUACAAUCACAACAACACGCAUCAACAGUCCCAACUAAGGCGCGACGAUAACUUAGCAAAAACUAGCUGAAAUUCAAAUAGUGAUAAAAGGCAUC